AUGGUUUGUCUAGUCAGAUUGAGUUUGGACGGACUUUCGUGCGUGUAAAUAACCUUGUGUAAAGCAUGUGGAAUUCAAACUGGCAAAGACUGACGACUUGUGCUCGUCUUUUCAGCACAAAUGUACGGCUGGAAGGCAAACGAAGUCGUGAACCUUUUGAUAAACGAUUUCCAGUUACGGGUAAACAUGGAGCAGCGUUCAGAAAGGGUGGAAGCCCGACAAUGGAAAAGAUGCUCGCUGUCCACAAUGUACCACCAAAUGGUUUCUUCGAUAAGAAGAAAGGAUACUUUACUACAGUUCCAGAGAUGAUCCCAGAAUUUAUUGUGCCAGACCUUACAGAUUUUAAGCUGAAGCCAUAUGUUUCCUACAAAGUUCCUGAAGUUCAUCAGUCUAAAAUGACAGCUCGUGAUCUGUUCCAAGCAACCUAUGGUGCAGAACUUGAGCAUAGUGUUAGAGAAGGAAAAAUGGUUGUAAAAGAUGGUCAAUUUAUUCCUGUGGAGGAGGCAAGCAAGAACAGAUAGUGAUCAGACUUCCUAAUGACCAAACUGUGAGGCUUGCUUGUGUUUGUCAUAUGGGUACACAUUGCAGAGACAGGUCAAUGUAGCUUUGUCUUCUGUAUCACGAUAUCAUGUGAUGCAGUUAUUGUGACACAGACAUUUACCAUACAUGUACUCAUAUAUGCUCUGUCCUGCAAUGGACAUGAUUGUUCCUCAAAAUUGACAUUAUUAUUAUGUUUUUUUAAUAUAAAUUUAUAUUGCUAUGAAAAAAUCUUAUAGAUUUACUAAAAUCUGUGGUUGCCUUGGCUGGGCCAUAUCAAAAGAUUUUGCAAGCCAGAUGUUCCCCACCAGUUAUAAAGCAUAUUGUUACAAUCACCUAAUGAUUAAAGUUUAAAGGUUGCUUACUGACUAGUUCUGUACUUGUACAAAAAGAAAGGAAUUGAAAAGGCUGUAUGCCUUCAGAUGAUUUGCAGGUGAUCAAACUGUAUCUCUUUUUGAAAAACAAAAAGAACAUUUGUGAAGUGAAGCUAACAUUUGAUGAUGGACAAUAAUUACAUUGGUUUCUUAACGGAUCUGUUGUGCAAAUGUUUAACUCUUAAUAAAAACCUUUGAAAUAUAAGACUUGAAUGUCAAAUGGUGAUGAGUAUGUUAAUAUGGCAGUGAAAACAGUUAUCCUGCAAACAAAACUUUUUUAAUUUGGUUGUUUUGCUAAGAGUUAAAAUUUUAUACUUUGGGAUGAUGGAAAGGACUGAUACAUGAGAGGUAUAAAAAAAAAAAGCUAAAAUUGGACAAAGAGAUGAAAGAAUGAAAUGGGUUGUGUAAAACAAUAGCAUAGAAUAUACUUUAUUUCCACAUGUGUAAAACUGACAAGGAAAUAUAUCACAGUUUCUUUCAAUAUAUAUGUAUACAGUGUGGCAGAAUAAAA